GAGAAAAGGAUGAGCUAGGACGGUGAUAGCGGAUAUCAACAUAUCCGGCAAUUUGACAGGCUUUAUGGGCCAUCAGAAUACCUGAAUGCUCAGACGAGGGUUGAUCAGAAUUAGAACGGUGGAUUAAAUCAGUCGGAGCUCGCGACAUCAAACGUUAUGGACGUAGCCCAAUGACGAACCCACUUUUUUUGGUGCCGCGUCAAAGUUAAGCUUGAUUACUUUCGAGCUGGGAGAUCGCACCGAUCGGUAGUAACUGUCGUUUGGUACUUGUACGUCGCAAACUACGAAACGUUUGCAAACGUCGCUCUAACUACCAGUACCAUUGGCAUUGGAUGAUAAGCUGGAAUAUGCUUGGUAGAGGUUCAUUUCUGUAUAGUUAUACGUGAAUUUACAACAAUGGAUAAAUUAUUCCAAAUCUUUGUGAUUUCAUUAACGGUGAAUCAUAUUUUAUGUCAGUCAGCGAUGUCUGGGAAUUCAACAGCUAGCAAUCAGACUGAAACGAUAUCACUCACAACGACGGAAAGUCCACAAGCUAUACCGACAGGUGACUCCAGAAUUACGGCGACUCCAAGUAUGAGUACGAGCUCGACGAGGGGCAUGAGCACGACGCAGAUCACAAAAUCGACGGAGAACAAGGGUACGACGAAGAGUACAAGUUCGACGAAAAGUACGAGUUCGACGAAAAGUAAGAGCACGGCAAAGAGUACGACAUCGUCGACGGAGACCAAGGGUACGACAAAGAGUCCAAGUACGAGAUCGACGAAAAGUACGAGCACGGCAAAGAGUACGACAUCGUCGACGGGGGCCAAGGGUACGACAAAGAGUCCAAGUACGAGAUCGACGAAAAGUACGAGCACGGCAAAGGGUACGACAUCGUCAGACGGGGAGAAAAGUGCGAGCUACUUAGGUCCUUUAUCAUCAAAUACAGUCAGCUCAUAUUAUCAGACUGGAAGCUCAGUUGAACCAUGUACUAUUGAUAAUGGCGGUUGUAGGGAUAUGUGCCUGCCUAUCGGUCCGGAUAGUUACGAAUGCGCCUGUCUAGACGGAUAUACACUGGAUUCGGACGGUUACAACUGUACAGAUAUUGACGAGUGUCAACAGGAAGGGAUAUGUCGGGAGAAUGAGAUUUGUCUGAACAGACCUGGUUUCCAUGUGUGUAUGUGCAACAAGGGUUACUCACCAGUAGGAUACGAGGGCUACUGUGAAGAUAUCGACGAAUGCGUGGAAACUCCCGAUAUCUGUGGUGUGGGCGGUGAGUGCGUCAACCUGAUUGGUGACUACCAAUGUCAUUGUCUGACAGGGUUUCUUUCCUUCCUCGGAGAUGGAAACUGUGAAGACGUGGACGAAUGUGAAUUCAUCGAGCUUCUUCACAUACUCUGUGGAUCUAAUGCUGACUGUGUGAACACCCCCGGCUCUUAUGACUGUACAUGUUUAGAUGGAUAUGCGUUAGAUGAAAAUGGUUUCUGUAUGGAUUUCAAUGAGUGCGAGGUGGAGAGCUUCUGCGGUGAGGGUGCCUCGUGUGAGAACCUAGAAGGCUCUCAUCGAUGUGUAUGCCAUGAAGGAUAUGAGGACACUGUCGAGGGGUGUGGAGACAUUGAUGAGUGUUUAUUGGAUAACGUAUGUCCAGGGAUCUCUUUAUGCGUCAAUCUACCAGGCACUCACAUGUGUGUCUGUCCGUCAGGAUACGAAGGAAACGUCACCAAUUGCCAAGAUAUCGACGAGUGUGGCACUGCUCAGCAUGACUGUCAUAUCUUUGCUAGAUGUGGUAACAUCAUCGGAUCAUACUUCUGUCAAUGUUAUGCUGGUUUCCAUGGCGAUGGGAAAUAUUGCGAUGAUGCAGAUGAAUGUGCCUUCAUCAAUGGGGGCUGUGAACAUGUAUGUCUCAAUUCACCAGGGACAUUUAGCUGCGAGUGUCGAAGAGGCUAUGAUAUCGAUAGACUCGAUCACUCAAAUUGCCUUGAUAGGAAUGAAUGUGAACUCCACGAUGGUCUAUGUCAGCAGCAUUGUACCAACACUGACGGUUCUUAUAAAUGCACAUGCGAUCCAGGAUUCCAGCUUCAUUCAGACAGAUCAUCUUGUAUGGACUUCAACGAAUGUAAUAUCAACAAUGGGGGCUGUGAGGAAGUAUGCAUCAACUCGGCCGGAUCUUACAGAUGUGACUGCGGUCCGACCAGUGCACUAGUACUAAACAGUACAACACAAUGUCAAGCUAUAUCAUCGUGUGAAGUAAAGCAAGGUGGUUGUGCUCAACUGUGUCGUCAGGACCAACUAGGGAUACAGUGUAGCUGCGGACCUGGCUAUGUACUCAAUGAAGACGGACGAAGCUGUGAUGAUCUGAACGAGUGUGGCGAUGCUAACGGGGCAUGUGAACACACCUGUGUGAAUACAGUAGGCAGUUAUCACUGUACAUGUAAGACUGGAUAUAUGGUCAGGGCACGAAAUAGAUACAGGUGUGAUGCCGUAUGCGACCCACCAUGUUUGAAUUACGGUAAAUGUACUGGACCAAACUCUUGCGUCUGCCCUGUCGGUUAUGGAGGACCAACAUGUUCACCUACAUGCAAUCCACCCUGUAUGCACGAUGGCACUUGCCAGAGGUAUAACCAAUGUUCUUGUAGCAGCCAGUAUACUGGAAAUUACUGCCAACUCCCUACAUGUGAACUACCAUGCAUGAAUGGUGGUAACUGCAUCGGACCAAACGAAUGCCAGUGUUCAGCAGGAUUCGAAGGAAAUCAAUGUCAAACACCUAAAUGUCAACCUUCUUGUGGCAAUGGAGGUACAUGUUAUGCGGCCGAUACCUGUAUCUGUCGUCCGGGUUUCUACGGGCCGAGAUGUCUGCAGGAGCAAAUUCGAUGUACCAGACCGUGUAGGAAUGGAGGAACCUGUGCGGGUAUCAACAAGUGUAGGUGUACUCCGGGAUACCAUGGAUCAUUCUGCCAACUAGUGGGUAUCGUCCAAUGCCGUCCUGCUUGCCAACAUGGAGGCACUUGUAUGCCAAACAAUAGAUGUACCUGUCUUUCAGGAACAUCGGGAUUGAGAUGUGAGAAGCGUGACUGUCCACUACAGACGUUCUCCCAGACCUUACGGCGUGGAUCUAGGCGAUUCGUGAAGGAGAGCAGACAGGCUUCGUGUGGGACAUUCGGGUGGAGAACAUGCACAGUAUACAGGACGGUGCAGAAAUACGUUUACGAUACGAUGACCAGGGUUGGAUACAGAAUGUCAUGUUAAGAAUUCAAAUUAUUACCAACAAGUGAAGGCGAACACUGAUAAUGUUCAACGAAUUAUUUGACGAGAUUUGAGUCUGAUUUUCACUUUGUGUUAGGUACUCUUCGUGAGGUCUUCUUUCAAAGGGAUGAAUUUGUUGACUUAUCUAAAUUAAUAACUUGAUUGUAAUGAAAUGUGAUACAUACAGGAGAGCCAUGGUGUGAGGUUGGGUACAUUACACGAGAAUGGAAUAUGGUACAGGUUCAAUCAGAAAACAGCAAUUAGCAUGAUAUGUUCUUUAUAUUCAGACUAAUGACUGAUUCAGGUAAUGCUAGCUAAUGAAAUUCAAGACUGGGUCUUCUUAUCUUUGUGAAACUUGCAUAUUAAGUCGCUGUCGGCUAUACAUUGAAUAUGACAGUUUGGAUUUGGAAGAAGCUUCAUGAUCACGUCUUGUAUCAUGUAUAUGGCUGUUCCUUAUUGAAAACUGUCCAAGAAAAUGAAAGUUAAUAACCAACAAAAACUCUCUGAAUUGUGGUAAACAUAAUUAUGUAAUGCAUCUAUUAUUUUGUUGCCUGUUGAAUCGUCUUCACCGUGUUGCAAGAAACAUGACGCGGUUAUAUUUGAGCUCAUUAUUUCUACCCCCUCCCCUACAAAGUGAAGAGACCGAGAGCCAGAGAGAAAAAAUUGGAAUAUUCAGAUUAUUGUUAAAAUCUCUUCUAUGAGCCUGUUCUUGGUUUCCUUGGCCCAAGAUGUAUUGUUAACUUUCGAAACAUUGUCUUCCAUAAUAGUGUCCACUACAAGAUAUCAACGAUAUUCAUUACUUAUUAAUGUUUCAAAGUAUUGUUAAAAUAUAAAAUACCAUUAAAUGAUUUCAUUAUAGGUAACAACUAAAAUUUCGUAUAAACGAUGGGCCAGAAAUUGUAUAAAUCACUUCAUAUUGAUUAAAAGUUGUAGUCAUGCAUAGUAUUUAUCAGUAUUUGUGUAUAACAUUGUUUAAUUUUAUUCAUGUAUAUUUACAUCACUUAUUGAAAACAGAAAACUUAAAACAAAACUCAAUAUUAAAAAGAUUGUGUACAUUAAUAGGUGAGUUUUACAAAUCCCAAUGUAUAAUAAAAACGGAAAUAGCAUACUUCAAUAAAAGAUGUCUGUGCUGAAUGUUUUACCACUUUA